AUGACUUAUUCACCUGCAUACGUGAAAACAGAAUUUGGAGGAGAACUAGCAGAAUCACGAAAUACAACAGAACUGUCCUCAGGCAAGACCAAGGAGAAUAAAAAGGAUUUCAAGAAGAUAAAGGACAAUUUUGUGCUGAAUAAUUUUGAUGGGAAGAAUGUUUCCGUGACUUUAUGGUUGAAGAAAUUUGAGUCGGAAUGCAUGCGUUGUGGAGUGGAAGAAGAUAUGGACAAAAUUUUGAUUUUACGUUUGUUUCUGGAUGGGAUAGCGAAAGAAUGGCAGUGCAUAGGUACACCAAUGGGCUCAAAAUUAUCACAAAUAAUAGCUGACUAUGUCAUAGAUGAACUUCUAGAUGAGUGUAUACCCCAGUUGACGUUCAUAAUACCUUUUUGCAAAAAAUACGUCGACGACCUCAUCCUCAUGAUACCCGAAGGAAAACAAGAUGAGAUCCUCAAUGUUUUCAACAGUUUCCAUCCAAAGAUUCAAUUUACCAUUGAAGAAGAAUCCAAUAACUGUGUUCCAUUCUUGGACACAAAAGUGAUCAGAGAAGAUGAAACAGUUAAAACUGAUUGGCACAGAAAGACAACAGCUUCAGGCAGAUAUAUACAUUACACCUCAUACCACCCGAUGAAAAUGAAGAUUAACCUUAUCCUAAACCUGAAGACCAGGAUCACAACGAUCUCACACCCGGCAUACCUUGACAAAAACCUGAAGACCUUGGCAGAGUUGAUGGAACAGAAUGGUUACCCCAGAUCCUUGGUAAGAAGAUUAGUCUUCAACACCCCCAACCAUCACAUGCAUGAACAACAAAUGGAAAAUACAAAUAACGAGCGACCACCAAGAGAACCACCAAGAGAAGAAAAUCAAAACAGAAAAAAGAUAAUAAUACUACCCCAUAUAGAAGGAUUAACACACAAGAUAACAAAACUAUUGAGCGACGACAAUACCUUCAUAGCAAAAUACAAUGUAAAAACAUCUAAAUACCUGUACAGUAAACUCAAAGAUACAACACCCAAGGAGAGAAGACCCAACGUUGUCUACAGGAUACCGUGCAACAAUUGCAGCGGAGUAUACAUCGGAGAAACGAAGAGAACGAUGAAUAAAAGGAUCACAUCACACAAGAGUGAUUCUAGAAGGAACAUCCAAGCCUGCGCACUAGCUCAACACGAAAACACGACUGGACACCACAUGAAAUUUUCUGACUUAGAGAUCCUAGAUACAGAAACUAACAGUUGGAAGAGAAAAUUUAUAGAGAUGAUCAGGAUAACCCAAGAACCUAACGCAAUCAACCACAAAAAAGACAUUGAUAACCUCAGCGCAAUUUAUGCGAACCUAGUCGAGAUAGACAAAAUGUCCAGAAACAGAAACCCCAUACAGAUAGAUACAGAUACGGAUAGAAGACCCUAG